AUGAUCAAAUCUUGCUUGUUACUGUGGUUCUUGCUAAAAAUUUCGAUCCAGUGUGUAGUGCCUAGUUUCAAAAACAACAUAAUAGAGGUAAAUUUUCAAAAUCAAACAAUAAGUGGUUGUAUAUCACCGGACACCAUUGGAUUUGAAGGUACAAUUUCCGAAAUAGAAGUAAAAAAUCAAGAUAUUCAAGAUUUAAAUUACGGUGCAGUUCAGAGAAUUUCAAGCAAAUUUCGUAUCGACUUCGUCAGUACCAACAUCGAUAUUAUAAGAGCAGGAGCCUUUUUGGAUCUUCCCAAAGUUAAUGUAAUAUCUUUCAUGAGCAACGAACUUUCCUGGAUCAGUGAAAAUGCAUUUCAAGAUUUGCCUUCGUUAAAUCUAUUGUACCUCAACUAUAAUAAGAUCGCCGAUGUGUCGCCGCGUGCCUUUAAUAACCUUCCAAACUUACAGACAGUCACUUUUAUCGGAAACAAUUUGGAAAAUUUUGACCAAUCGUGGUUUUAUAAAACGCCACGUCUUCUAUCCUUAAGAUUGGAACAGAAUCGCUUGCGUAAUAUUCCACGAAGUGCCUUUAUCAACCUACCGUCUAUUGGGUACCUAUGGAUUAAUACAAAUGAAAUAGAGUUCGUCGACAAAGAGGCUUUUAAAGGAUUAAGAAAUUUGCAACUUUUGGAUUUGUCUGAGAACAAAUUGAGACGUUUUAACUUUAAUUUCUACACCCCUUCGAAAUUGAUGGAUCUUUCCAUUAAUAAUAAUAACAUAACGUACAUAUCUGAUGAAAUGCUGGACAUAAUACGAACUAAGUUAUUGGUACUUGAAGUAACCGAUAAUCCUUUGCAGUGUGCAUGCCUGGAUAAAAUAAUACAGUGGAGUGACGCCUUUAAUAUAAGUAUUCCACAGAGGAAAUUGCCAGAGUCCGGCGUCGUUUGUACAGUUCCAAAGACAAAACCAAGCCAGUGUCUUGAAAGAAGUGAUGAUGAUUUCCAUAAGGGAUUCUGGGUUAGUUUUCCACGUGAACGCACACGAUGA